AUGGCGGCGGCCGUGGUAGGAUCGUCGGUGGGACCAGAGCGCGGGCAGGCGCGGCCCCUGGGACCAUGGCUGGGUCCGAGAACGAGCCCUUUCCUCAGCCAGGCGGACGACACUGACGACGGGCCGGUGCCCGGCACCCCGGGUUACCGGGGUGGGAGCGGGUCCCGAAGGGGGCGCUGCCUCGCGGACCCAUCCCGAGUCUCCUUCCCAGGCGUCCUUCCGGACAUCGAGCAGUUCUUCGCCAUCGGAGACAGCAGCUCCGGCCUCAUCCAGACCGUGUUCAUCUCCAGUUACAUGGUGUUGGCACCUGUGUUUGGCUACCUGGGUGACAGGUACAAUCGGAAGUAUCUCAUGUGCGGGGGCAUUGCCUUCUGGUCCCUGGUGACACUGGGGUCGUCCUUCAUCCCCAGAGAGGUGAGUCGGAUGCUCAGUGUGUUCUACUUCGCCAUCCCAGUGGGCAGUGGCCUGGGCUACAUUGCCGGCUCCAAAGUGAAGGAUGUGGCUGGGGACUGGCACUGGGCUCUGAGGGUGACACCGGGUCUGGGGGUGGUGGCGGUGCUGCUGCUGUUCCUGGUCGUACGGGAGCCGCCGAGGGGAGCCGUGGAGCGCCACUCGGACUCACCACCCCUGAGCCCCACCUCGUGGCGGGCAGACCUGAGGGCGCUGGCUAGAAACCCUAGCUUCGUCCUGUCCUCCCUUGGCUUCACUGCUGUGGCCUUCGUCACGGGCUCCCUGGCGCUCUGGGCUCCUGCGUUCCUGCUGCGUUCCCGCGUGGUCUUGGGGGAGACCCCGCCCUGUCUUCCUGGAGACUCUUGCUCCUCUUCUGACAGCCUCAUUUUUGGGCUCAUCACCUGCCUGACUGGUGUCCUGGGAGUGGGCCUGGGCGUGGAGAUCAGCCGCCGCCUUCGCCACUCCAACCCCCGGGCUGACCCACUGGUCUGUGCUGCUGGCCUCCUGGGCUCUGCGCCCUUCCUCUUCCUGUCCGUGGCUUGUGCCCGUGGCAGCAUCGUGGCCACUUAUGUUUUCAUCUUAUUGGGAGACACUGUUGUCCAUGAACUGGGCCAUGUGGCUGACAUUCUGCUGGUGAGUAGGUUGGCCGUUCCCGGCUUGGGUUCAGAACACCUUCCCUUCCCGGCUCCAGUCUCUGUUCUGGAGUUUGGGGCGCCCUUUCCAAGACUCUUUCUCCUGCUUUUCUGUCCUGUCUCCCCACAGAUGUCCGACCGCCUCCGCCGGAACUGGCCCCCCUCCUUCUUGUCCGAGUUCCGGGCCCUGCAGUUCUCGCUCAUGCUCUGCGCCUUUGUCGGGGCGCUGGGCGGGGCGGCCUUCCUGGGCACCGCCAUCUUCAUCGAGGGAGACCGCCGGCGGGCGCAGCUGCACGUGCAGGGUCUGCUGCACGAGGCCGGGCCCGGAGAUGACCGCAUCGUGGUGCCCCAGCGAGGCCGCUCCACCCGGGUGCCGGUGUCCAGUGUGCUCAUCUGAGGGCCGUCGCUCACCUACCUGCACACCGGCCACCGCUGUCCUCGGGCCCGAACCUCGGCCUGGCCCAGCUUCUGAGAGGAGCCUUGGGCGUGUUCCAGGUCCCACACUACACGGGCAGCCAAGGGCGGGCGAUGGGGCGCAGGAGGGACCCCUCCACUGCAGCAGCCCCAGGGGCUCGGUGCUAUUUGUACUGAAUAAAGUUUGUAGCCAGACCCCA